GUCACAGCAGGCCAAGGGUUGUGAAUUAAACGAGCUGGUAACCCCCAAAGGAAAUUUUCACUUCACCAGCUGAGCGACGUCCUUUAUAUGUGUGUCCCUAUAUUUUGUAGUCCAAGCCUGUGGAACAAAAAAAACCGUGAUACAAGUGCAUCCAAUGAGCAGAGGCUUCCGCACCGCAUAUCCUGCGGUCACUCCUUCUGCACGGAGUGCUUCCAGAGGUACUUGGAGCUCGGUCGGGACUCGCGGUGUCCACUCUGCAGACGCGACUUCAGGCCGGUCCUGGAGCCAUCCCCUCUUCCAGAUGAGACCUCUCCAGAGGAACCCGGACCUGAGAACGAGGUGGACACGCUGGUGCUGACCCUUUCGGAACAGGAGUGCCGGUUCUUUGAGCAGCUCUACGGGGACUUACGAUUGGCCAGCAGAUGGGACUAGAUGGAGUAGGAAGAGCCUGCCAACAAUAUGUGAUUCUUGUUAUUUUUUUUAGAUAUCGAUUUGUAUAUAUUUAUACUUUAUG